GGAAGUGUCAGCCAGGCUGUUGGGGGUGCUGGUUGGAAGCCUAUGUGGCUUGGCAAAGGGGCCUUCCCCCUUGUGGCAUGUUGGGGGGGGUGUUGAAGGGAGAGGAAACUGCUCAGAGACUUCUGGUGUAACCCUCCAUAGCGUGUAGUGUGUCAUCGUGUUUCCAAGGUGUGACUGAAGUGAUAAAGUCCUCAGCAGGAUAAAAGCAGCGUAGCAGCUGGAGGUGCCCCCACUGUAUGUCUUGGGAAGGCCUUUUCGAGCAAGGAGGAAGUUGCAUCUCUGGGAGCGGCCGGCAAUCUCUUUACAGCAGGGUCGUGAUCGGGUGUGAGUUAAAACUUCAGGACAGGGAGCUGCUUUUCAAGUUGUGUGAGGCAAGGAAGCCUGGAAGCUUACUUGGCAGAGCUGAGAAAGAAAAGGGUAUUCUUCCUCCCCUUCCCCCCUUUUAAUUUCUCACAUUCUUGUGGAGUCAUUCCUUAUCUGCAAUGACGGGCAAAUCGGUCCGGGAUGUGGACAGAUAUCAGGCGGUGCUUGCCACUCUGCUGCUAGAAGAAGAGAACAAAUACUGUGCGGACUGCCAGGCCAAAGGGCCGAGAUGGGCAUCUUGGAACAUUGGCGUUUUCAUCUGCAUCCGCUGUGCUGGAAUCCACAGGAACCUGGGUGUCCACAUAUCCCGGGUAAAAUCAGUCAAUCUCGACCAGUGGACACAAGAGCAAAUACAGUGCAUGCAGGAGAUGGGGAACGGCAAAGCAAAUCGUCUCUAUGAAGCUUAUCUCCCGGAAAACUUCAGGCGACCUCAGAUGGACCAAGCAGUUGAGGGCUUCAUCAGAGACAAGUACGAAAAGAAGAAAUACAUGGACCGAAGUCUUGACAUCAAUGUGUUACGGAAAGAAAAGGAUGACAAAUGGAAAAUGGAAGCAGCCUUGGAAAGAAAACUGGAGCCGAUCAUCUUUGAGAAGGUGAAAAUGCCCCAGAAGAAGGAUGACAAUCAGGCCAGGAGAAGUCCUUCCAAAUCUUCUGAGCCUGUCAUGGACUUACUGGGACUUGAUGUUCCUGUUUCGGCUACCCUUCCCAACGGCAGAUCUGCAAGUUGUCUGGAGAAGGACUUGGACCUCUUCAGUUCCAUGGGCUCAGAAAGGAAGGUGGUAGGCUCUAUGCCCACGGCUGGCUGUGCGGGAUCCGUUCCUGAAAACUUAAACCUUUUCCCUGAUCCUGGGAGCAAAGGAGAAGAAGCUGGGAAGAAGCAGCUCUCAAAGGACUCCAUCCUCUCCUUAUACAGCUCCCAGACCCCACCGAUGCCCGCACAAGGAGCUGUGUUCAUUGCCCCAGCCCAAAUGGGGUACCCUACAGCAUACCCCAGUUUCCCAGGCAUGGCAGCACCCAGCAACAUGAUGGGGGGCAUGAUGGCACCGCCAGUUGGGAUGAUAUCACAGCCAGGAGCUGCUGGAAUGGUGACGUCCAUGGCGAUCCCGGCGGGCUAUGUCGGCAGCAUGCAGACAGCCAUCAUUGGGGUCCCCAAUGGAAUGAUGGCGACACAGCAACCUGGGUACGUAGGCGGCAUGGCACCUCUCCCACCACCAGUGUAUGGUGUGCAACCAGCCCAGCAGCUACAGUGGAAUAUCGCUCAGGUGACUCAGCAGAUGGCCGGGAUGAACUUCUAUGGCACGAAUGGGGUGAUGGGAUAUGGACAGUCGCUGGGCCGCGGAGGGGCCCAAGGAGCCAACCAAACCCUCAGCUCCCAAGUGUGGAAAUAAUGCACCUGGAUUUGAACUGUUCCUCUCUCUCCUUUCUUUUUUUUGCUUCGGGGGGGUUGUUCCAUCAUUAAAAAUGCCCUCCUCUGGAUUAUUUUUAAAAGUUUUCCUUUUCCUUUUUGACGGUCUCUGCCAGAGCUUUCUCCUGUGUAGCAGAGACCCCACUUUGCCCCUCUCCUGCCCCACAUCCAAGAGGAUUUAAGCCCAUGUGUGCUUCUUGGAGGGAAGGUUUAUAAGAGGGGGAGGGGUUGACUUGCUUGGGGAUUCAGCAGCGCCCAGCUGAUCAGGCCAGAAGGAGAGCUGCCCACAGCUGAGUGGGGGGACUCCAACCCCCAGAGUCUCCCCUACAAGAACUGAACAGCAAAUGUCUGUCUUGUGGAUUUAUUUUCUCUUCUCUCCCCCCAUCCCUAAAUCCUAUUUCUUCUACCCCGCUCUUAUCUGGCACAUUCCAUCCAUUUUUUUUUCCUCCAUGUGGAAUUCUCCAAAACUAGUUCUGCCUUCCAUGAGCCUGAGUCUUCUCUCUUCCCUGGAGCUAGCGGGACUUCCACAAGGCCCUUGAGCACCACAGAUCCUCUUCUGGACCUGUGCGAGCAAGCAGUAUUUGCACUCUUUCAAAAAGCGCCGGCUGCUUCUUAUCUACCCUGUGGUGGUGAUAUAUUUAAACAACUCCUGUUAUCUUCUCUUGGCACCCCCCUCUCCUAAACACACACACACACACCGCCUAUCACCCCUCUGGGUUUCUCUGAUGACCCAAAGAAUCAAGGGGCAAGGCCUCGCAACAAAUGUUGUCUUACGCUUCCCGUUUGCAUUUUUUUUGUCCUGUGUUACCCUCCCCCCCCCCAAAAAAAAUCUCACGUACACCUGCAAAUAAUUUGCCAGCUUUCCAUGACUGACUGAGGGCUGGGGGGUGGUCUAGCUUUCUUCCCUUGGUGUCCGCUCCGGUGUCACUUAGGGGAGGGGGCGAAUCCAACCUGCAUCUUUGAAAGACUUUUGUCAGCAUAAACAAAAAAAAAACCACAGGCAUCU